AGAGGAGCCAGGAGUCCAAGUGAAGAGGGAAACAGCACUCGGUGGCUGGGUCUUCCCAGGAGUUACUUAAUUGCUGGUCUCUGUGAGAGUGUUGUUUCAACACUGGCUUAAACCGUAACAUUUCUAUGCUAUAAUUCACACCCUGGGGAGUGUAAGCUCCUGGGACCUUGAGAAACACCUCCCUGUGACAAAGGCCACUUCCCGACAUCCCUUGCAGAUUCUCCUCUGCCUUUGUUCUGCUUCAAUAAAUAAGAUUUUCUGCUCAUGGUCUGUGCUCCUGUGGCCCAAGAAUCAAGCCUGCCAAUACUGUCCUAGGCAAGGAAUGACAUCCGAUUUCCUCUGAAAGCUCCAUGUGACCUCAGCUCUGGGCCCAGAACUUCAGAAGCCACCACUGGCUCAGCUGGAUCCAGCGGCGCCAUAAACCUGACUUCUCCAACCCUCGAGUGGUGCUGGGUCUCUUGCUGAGCACGAUUUCCACAGCACAAGCCGACCUGGGCAGGACAAACUAUCUUACCGGGUGGCAAAGGUCAGCAGGAGAUGACCCAGCCGGGUCUGAUCACGGUGCCAUGCCCAACCGCUGUCCCCAUCCCUGCCCUGCCACCACCUGGGAAGGGUCUGACUUGCAGCUAGCGGUUUGCUGAGUAGCACUGUGGCAGCCUGCCGAGCUGUGCCCAACACAGCCCAGUGUCACUGUCUCAGGGGCAGGUGCCGUGUCUCACCCCCAGCUCCUCCUGGUCCCCAGCAGGGGUUCUCAUGAUAGUCACAGUCAGUGGCUAUAACAGCUUCUCGCUGAGCUCGGGACUGGACGCAAAUCUUGUCCAACAGAGCAGGCUGGGCAGAGCCCACAAGAGGAAAAGCCCUUGCCCUCGCCUUAGUCUAGUGGAAGAGACAGAAAAUGAAUCCGUACUGAGGAGGAUUCUCCCUCGGCCUCCGCAUACCCUGGCCCCGGGCCUCUCCUCCAUCUCGUGUCCUCAGAGACAGAUGACUGUCCAGUUCAGGCUGCUCUGACAGUGUCUGCUCACUGUCCGGCACAGCCGGCGGCCACCUCUGUCUCGGCCUCUCCCUUCUCCCCCCAUCCCGCUGUUUCCGACCUCAGGCCAACAGCGUCUCUUCUUAGCUGCCUCACUAGAGCCAGGUUGUCACCACAUGAUAUUCUCCUUUCUCAUUUCACCCUCCCUAACAGCCCCCUCAUGUUAUGCCCAAUCUUUUAAUGCAAGCUCCACCAAACAACCCCCUUUCGUUCUACCCCUUCCCCUCCACUGAGCCUCAGUUGAGGCUAGAUCUCCUAACAAGGUGUAUUGGCUUUUGACACCUGGUUUCAGAGAAUAUGAAAACUUGUCCAACGACCCACAGCUCUUCACUAUCACAGCACAGAGCAGAACCCGUGGCUCCUUAAGUUGAUCAGAAUGGGGGGGGCGAGAGAACGGAGCACGCAGAUGGAUUUGGCCCCACCUGGCCUCCUGGGGCUCUCCUCCAGCCCCUGCUGGGGAGGGAGCGCUGGACAGGGGAGCAUGGGGCUGGGCUGAGCCCCACUGACCCGCACCUGAACCUGCUGCCUCCACCCUAGCCCAGUGUUUACUGUGACGUCACCAAGGUCAGCUCUGCCAUGCAUUUGUGAUGCCCGCUUGCAGCUGCCACCGCUGACUUGGCGUCAGCCUGGCCUGGAGGUGAAGUUGGAUAGUUCUGGAAUGACAAGAAGAUGCUCCAGCUUCUAACAGCACUGCUCAUGGCACUCCAGGGACAUGCCCAGGACGAGUCAGAAGCGGUUCAGUGUGGCUACAGACCUGCCUUUCCAAACUCAUCAUGGCUGCCCUUCCGCGAACUGCUUCAGGUCCAGAAUGGUGAAUUCCCGUGGCAAAUUAGAAAUGGCAGUAGUAAAUGUCACUGUGGUCAUAGGAGCCAAAACACUCCGCAGCACCCACUUGGAGAGAAAGCAAGUGCAGAAGAUCAUUAUUCACAAAGACUACAAGCCGCCCUCCCUUGACAGCGACCUCUGCUUGCUCCUGCUCGCCACGCCAGUGGAGUUCACCCGCUUAAAAAUGCCCAUCUGCCUGCAGGAGAAGGAGAGGGUCUGGGACAGGUGCUGGAUGGCAGAGUGGGUGCCGACUGCUGUGCACGGCCCACCCGAGAACGCCAACAUGCACCUGAAGAAGCUGCGGGUGAGCCAGAUCAGCUGGAGGGAGUGCAGCAAGCGGGUGCAGCAGCUCCCCAGGGCCACGCUCUGUGCCUGGCAGGAACAGGACACCAAUGGCAACAGCCAGGGUGACAGUGGGGGCCCUCUGAUUUGCCACAAAAAGAACAACACAACCAAAUGGUACCAGCUGGGCAUCGUCAGCUGGGGUGUGAACUGCGGCAAAAAGGACAUCCCUGGGGUGUACACAAAGGUGUCCAAUUACCUUCUGUGGAUCAAGAGGAUGACAAAGAAGGCAGGGAGACCUUAUGUGUACCAGCCAGACUCUGGGUACAGCUUGCUUCUCUCCCCCUGGGUCCUCGUGCUCCUGUGCUUUGUGAUGCUCCUGUUAUCCUGAUGAUUAAACACUGUCUUGUCACCAAA